AAAAUAAACUUUUAUUACUGAUAAGUCUAUUGCUAACAGACUCUUAUACUUAUCACUGAUAAUAUAUUUUAGAAUUUAAAUUAAAUUCUAAGAGAAAAUAAAAAGUGGGAAAUGGUCAUUAAAGAUUCAGAUCACAGUUGAACACGAGAAGAAACAAUCAAGAAAGAGCUAUCAAAUAAAUGCAAUAAUAAUUAGCUAAGCGGCAAACCCUAGACCAUGGCCUACACGCUCUCUAAUCUGCUGCAAUGGCCGUCGCUUCUUCCAUCAUUCUCUCAUUUUCUUUAUCCAAUUUCUAAUCUAGAUCCAUGGCCAACGACGCCGCACUCAACUCCUCUCUGGUAAUUUUGGCCCUCGCCAUCGUUCUCGUCGGAAUCACCACCUAUUCCUUCAAGAAAAUGGCCGUAACUUAUUUCGUCGGCGUUUUCGCCAUCGCCGGCGUUCUCCUACCGGAUUGGUGUUUCUUUGACCGAGAUUUCUCCCGGUGGACUUCUCCGGUCACCGAAGAGGAAAGGGAAUCGUAUAGGAACGCCACUGGAUCUCAGCUUCAAAGGUUUAGGAUUUAUCCAAUGAGAGUAAUUGUGUACGGCAUAGUGUACAGUAUUGCUUUGUACAAGUGGUGGCAAUACGUGACCAGCUAAUUUUUUUCUUUUUUUUUUUUAAAGGUUAAGAUAUAAUUGUUUUUUUUUUUCUUUUUGAAGAAGUUAAAAUAUAAUUUUGUUCCAUGUUUUAGUUUUUUUUCAAUUUUUUUACUUUUAAAAUUUUUAAAUUUAUUCCUUUAGACUUAUAAAUUUAUCUUUAUAAUUAUAUGUUUUAAUGUUUUUUUUUUCGCUUCA